CCGUGUCGUAGCAGCCCCGCCGGGCCGGGAGGCGAUCGCCAUGGAAACCCCGGCCCCGCCCCUGCCCCCCCGGGUGCCGCCGGGAGCGCGGCCGGAGCUGCCGGGUCCCUCCUCCCCGGGCAGCGCCAGGUAGAGCGCGGGGCGGGGGCCGCUUGGGCCGGGCGGGAGGAGCCGCGAGGGGCGGCGGGCGGAGCGCAGGCCGAGCUCGUUCCGCUGCCCCGCCGCAGCCCGGCCCGGAUCCCACCCGGCGCCGGUGCCCCCAGCCAUCCGCUCUCGGACCCCGGCAGCGCCCCUCGGGAGCGAAGCGGGGCCGGGCUCUCCUCGGCCCGCCAGGGCGGGGCUUGUUCGUCGUCCCUGAUCCUGGCGGAGAGGCCCUUACGUGUUGCCAUGGCCGAGGGGGCCGCGGCGGCCCCGGCGUGCUUCAGCGAGGAUGAUUUUUACUGCCCGGUGUGCCAGGAGGUGUUCAAAACGCCCGUGAGGACCGCCAACUGCCAGCACGUCCGACGAGGACCGGUCGUUGAGGAGAAGCCCCCCCACCUCCCCGGGUGUCUGGUCGGCAGUGGGGGAGUUUUGCUGUGCCGUCUGAGCUAACUCGCGGUUUUUAACUUCAUGGUUUUCCCCGUUCCUUUUCGAACAAGGACGGUAGUGUUUUGCAGGAAGUGCUUCUUGACAGCUAUAAGAGAAAGUGGAACACAUUGUCCUCUCUGCCGGGGGAGCGUGACUAAAAAAGAAAGAACGUAUCCCAAAAGGGCUCUAGAUGUUGAAAACAGUAUGAAGAAAGCUUCUGGGGGCUGUAGAUGCUGUGAGAAGCAGGUUAGAUUUUCAUGGAUGAGACAGCAUUAUAAAACGUGUAAGAAGUAUCAGGAUGAAUAUGGUGUUGCAUCAAUUAUGCCAAACUUACAGAUUUCCCAAGAUGCAACAGGGAACAGUAGCAGGAGUGAUGCAAUAUCUGGUACUGGCGAGAUGGCUAAUAAUCAAAUACUUCAAGGAGAAACAAGUGGACACCCAACCUUCAAAUGCCCCCUGUGUCAGGAAGCCAAUUUUACCAGACAGCGCUUGCUGGAUCACUGUAAUAAUAGACAUCUUUAUCAGAUCGUUCCUGUGAUCUGUCCUAUUUGUGUAUCUCUUCCUUGGGCAGAUACUAACCAGGUUACUAGAAAUCUUGUUAGCCAUCUAAAUCUAAGACACCGGUUUGACUACGGAGAAUUUGUGAAUCUUCAGCUUGAUGAAGAAGCCCAAUACCAAAAUGCAGUUCAAGAAUCCUGUCAUGUGAACUUUUAGAGCCCCCUUCAUCUUCAUACUGAUUAUCUGAGAGAAAAAUUACUUUGUUCUGUUGCCAAUCCAAAGGGUAUAUUAAUAAAAAUGUUUUUCAGUACCCACUUUUUGGGCUGAGCUCCUUUUCACACUCAUAAGGACUUCUGAUAAAUGAUUUUGCUGAAACUCAGACUUGACAUCUUGACUGAGUUCUGCCCCUGUGGAAUUAGGGACAUUUCUGGAACUUGUCAUUCAUGUCUUGAUUUUCUCUAACUUUUACUACUCUGUUAAUUACAUAUGGUUCAUAUGAUUAAUGUAGGAUGUUUUAAUUCACCAAAACCAACUUUGAAAGUAUCUUUAGAAAGACAUGCAAUGAUGCUCUGUUGCACCAUUGGGUUUCUUCAAGUUCAGCUGUCUUCUAAGGUAUCUUAAGAGAUGAUAAUUUAUUUUUUUUCUCUUCUUGCCGAGGACAGGCAUUUGUCCUGCCAAGGACUAAUUUUAUUUUGAUGUUGUGAUUUGUUUUUUACUAUUGCUAUGUGAUUGAAAAUAACAACAGCUUAAAAUAUUAAAAAAAUUUCUACUGAUCAACAAUGCAGAGCAGGGCUUUUUUCACCUUUCAUUGAGAAAGAAAGAAUGAUGCCAUUGCCUAGGAAUAACUACAUCUAUUUUUUCCUCUUUGGGAAUAACUAAAAUAGGAUGCUUGCUUACUAAUGUGAUGAGGUGUAUUCUCAGUACUCCUAAGGAAGAUUACAUAUUUUCUGAGCAAUUCAAGAUGACAUGCAAAAGGUAUACUUUUUUGGCCUGUGACCAGGUCUUACUGGAGCUUUUUAAGAACUUCUAGUUUUGUGUUUGGAAUUGAAGUUUUGGUCUGUCCUGUCUUUCAUUGAAGGCUGUGUAGCUAAAUAACUAAACUGGCUCCACACCGACAAAAACUUUUAUUUUUGUAAAGCUGUUUAAAACUUGUACAUCUCCUGCAUCCAAAGGCUUCAAAAAAUUGUUGAGAAGAAAAAAACUUACUCUAAAAUAGUGACCAACAUAUUUUAAGAGUUUCUGUUCUACAUUUCCACCUUCCCAGCAGGAACAUCGUUAAAAUUGGAGAAAGUAGUAAUAAUGCAAUUUUCAAUUUAAAUGGAAAAUCCAUUUGUAAAAACUUUGGUAUCUUUUAUAUAAUACUAAAAGGGAGAAGGGGAAAGAAGGCUGCACAGCAUACAUUUUGGAGUUUUAAAUAGAGAGUGUUCUGAAUGUACACCUGUUUGGACUGACUGCAUUCUGUGUUUCCAUCACCCAUUGUCAAUCUAUUGUUAUUAAUGAGCAUUGCAUAUGUGGUGGAAAACAUCCCCAGUAAUUUUUUUAGUCUAGAUGGUGAUUUAUGUGUCAUAAUAUCAGUUGUGCAGCCAAAGUACAGUCUGCUUCUUGUGCUCUGCCUCCCUGUUCCUCUCCAAACAGGUUUUGAUUAUUCUUUAAAUGCCGAGAUACUUCAUAUUCCAAAACUGGUGAGGUCAAAAUGCCUCAUUUUACAAUGUAAUGUGUUUCAGAACUGAAAGUUCUAACUUAUUGAGUGUUGGAACUAACCCGCUAUACAUUUUAACUUGCCUUUUCUAUCUUAGUUUUUUUUUUGAGUGUAAAAUGUUACUGAAGGCUUUGCUGGCUAAAAUUCAGAGAAAGUUGUCUAUUUCAGAAAUGGCUGUCUAUUUCAAAAACCUUGUCUGAAGCUUAUAUACUUUUUUAUAACUACUUUUUUGCAUUUUGUUACUGUCUCACUACAGUAUUUUGACAGCAGACCACACUUGGAACUUGUAUUCCAGUUUGCCCCCAUACACGUCUGUGUUCUCACUUGUCUGUCAGCUCCAUUGCUUGUGUGACCACAUACUGAUUUGGAGUGGUUCACUGAGCCAACAGAAAAAAAAUGUAGAUUUUUACUUUUGCUCAGUAAAGCCAACUAUUAAACAGUGCCCUUGUACAGAAAAGAACGUCAAGGUACCUGAUGAUGAAGUUUUACCUUUUUAAAAUAAAACCACAUUCUAUGGUGAUUUAUUACUGCAUACAUUUCCUAAGGAGUUUAACAGUUAGAUGUAAGUCUAGUUAACUUUUUUAGAUUCAACAAAAUGUUUAUAUGAUAUGGCAAUAAAUGCCUACAGCCAAUACAGAUUCUGAAUGCCUCAUGGACGCUGGAACUACUUAUUUCUAUUACUUGAAUAUAUCUUGGGAAUUACGAGUGAAAUGACAUCUGUUUUAAAACUCUGGGAAACAAUGUUUUCUAUAGCAAUAAUUAGUUGUCACUUGAUGCAUAGUUGCUGAGCAUUUUAGUCAUGUUUAAAUGUUGAGAGACUUGAAUACACAUUUUAAAGCAACAAGUGUGUAUUAAUGCAAUAUUAAAAAAACCUUUCAAAAUGUUUAUCCUCUUUAUUUAAAAUCUGUAUUGGCAGGUGCUGCCUUGCUUAAGAUUUUGUACUUUUAAUAUUAAGAGAUUGCAUCCAGUACAUUCACUAGGUAAACAUUUAAUGAAAAUUAAAUUAUUUGAAUAUGUUGCUGCUGGUCAUGAUCUUUCUCACUGAAACUCAGACAUGCACAAAAAGCUGUGUAUUUGUGAUGGGGGAUGCCCAAAAUAUGACAUCUUUACGAAAAGAUUGCUUCUUAACAAUGUUUUCAUGUUCAUGUUGCGUUAUGUAUGGUUUCAAUAUGUUAUGUUUGAAUUGUACCUUCUGGGUUUUUUCCUAUUAAAGUAUUUUAUUUUCUAUUUGUCUUUUUGUUGCAUAAUAAAGAUGAUCUGUUCC